AUGGCUGAGGUACUGCCACCUCCUAUGCAAACCUCGAAUACCAUCAGUCUGCUGCAUUCUCGCCCCUCCUCCGCCGACGCGUUCCAAGGGGCAUCACAACAGUACGCUCAGCCUCAUCGGCCAGGGCAAGCGCCAAGGAGCAUGUAUCAUGGGCAGAACAACACGUCGUACAGAGGAGCUUCGGCGCCGAUACAGCCAUACGCCUUUCAAUCUACGCCGACGCUGCGGCAGGAUAUGAGGACAACAUCGGCACCCACGACCUCACACGGGCCGAUUGGCAGCCAUCGAGCAACGGCUUCUACCUCGACCUCAUCCUCGGACGCUUCCUCAUCACAGCCAUCUGCGAAGGAUGAUUCCGUGAUGGGCGGAAGACCGACGUCGUUCAUCAACCUAUCGUCGAGCAUCCCCGACCUAUCGCUGGGCUUUGACCAGCCCGUGAAGGCAUCUCCAGACCGGUAUAGGCGACCCGGGCAGAAACGCAACGAUUCCUCUGCUUCCGGUGUUCGAGCCGUCUCGCCACAACUGGGCACUUCCGCUGCAGCGCCGAUUACCAACAUCACCGAGCAGCCAGAGCCCGUGCAGCGACAGACAAGCGUUGAUGACAUGGCGCUGUCAAAGUCAGGCCAAAGCGAGUUGGCCAAGUCGAGAUACCGACGGCGAAGCCUGAACCAACUGGAGACUCAGAAUCUCGCUACGCCUCCUGCUCAAGCUGGACCGGGUGCGCAGCGGCCUUCUUCCGGCCAUGGACCGAGUGCAACUUCGACACCAACGACCAUUCGGCCUGUACCAACGCAGACAGCAAGCGGCGACAAUGUCUCCAAUGCUGGGAAGACGGAGUCGGCAAAAGCUGCGGCCGCCGGCGCUCAGCAGAAGCUCAAUGUGCCUCCCAGAGGAUCCUCCGAGGCCAGCAAGCGUCUUGCCGCUCCGUCACCUCUAUCUCGGCAGGCAAGUGAUGCAGAGGGCCAGCAACCUUCGGUGACCGCUUCACCAACCAAGCCAAGGACAUAUGCCGCUGUCGCGCAAUCUGCUGUCCAAACACCAUCGCCAGCUGCAGCACAGCUCGCUGCGGUAUCCGACAAGGACCUGAACAAGGGUAUGAAGUCUCGCUUGCGGCGAGCCUUCUCCUUUGGCAGCGCACAGGAGCUUAGAAGAGCUGCUGGCGAGAACAACCAAGCACAGAACAACCAGGCCCAGCAGAUGCAACAGCAACACCGGCAGCAGAUCGAUGAUGAGAUGGACGCAGAGCAGUUGGAGAUUGCACGACGACAAGAAGCGGCCGGGAUUGGUGCGGGCAUCUACUCGGGACAGGGUGGCUUCAGUGGAUCUACGGACAACCUGUCUAUCUCCUCGACGGCCUCGUCGGCGUCAAUGAUGCUCCGAAAGAUGGGUCGCGGAGCGAAGAAGAGCGCGCGAAGUGUUAAAGGCCUCUUCCGGCCGAAGUCCGUGAUUGGAGUGCCGGCUGCCGAUGGACCACUGGAGACGACUGUUGGACCCACUGUGGCUCAGGUGUCUAUGGUCACUGUCGAGGCGGAGCGGCUGAAUGUGAACGUCAACGCACACGCAGCCGAACAGUCAGAUGGCGCUACUGGUUUCCCAAAGCUGGAGAGGAACUCCAUGGAUGUCGCCAGUGCAGCUGCCACCGCAGAAAAGCAGCGAGGCUCUGCCGAUGGGUCAGACACGAGACGCAGCAUUGUUGGCAGCGACAAGGAUCGUGCAGAAGUCCUUGCGGCUGUGAAGAAAGGCAUUCUCAAACGUUCUGGGACGAGCUCGCCAAAUGGUUCACCAGUUGUGAAGCCGAACGAGGCGGGCCUGACGCCAGUCCCACAUAUCACCGAGAGCCCGAACUCCAGCUUGCCCAGCACACCCCGCGAGGCACCGCAGGGUCAACAAGGCCGCAGCGUAUCGACGCCGACCGUGAACGGCGACUACUUCGCUACACGCGUGACUGUCACCAAGAGUAUGCCGAACACUCCUAACGGGAGCGCACGCAACAUCUCUUUCAGCCCUCGGAUCCAGUUCCACGAUGUCUGGUCCAGCUCCGAGUACGAUCGACGAGGCGAGGUCGCUACUUGCAACCGCCUGACGCCGAUGCUGGCGCAGCAGAUCAAGGAGGAGCUCAACACUUUCAAGAUGGAAAUGGAAGUCCACGAGAUGAGCAAGCCCCACACCCACUUCUUCUAA